AUGAUGGAGGUAGGAGACCUUGUUUAUGUAUCCCUCCGAAGCGAUGGUGCCGUGGUUUCAGUAGUUGGGUGGGCAGUUGAGAUUGCAGACGACGAGGUGGUGAUUGCCACUACUGCUGAAGUCAUUGCUACCCUCACCCAGAAGCUGCUUUCGAAGAGCGGCUCUUUGGGCUUUGUUCGUGUGCCAUUGCUGGCUGUGUCUACGGAGAAGCCUGAAGGCUGGAAGGGUUUGAAGAUUAAGGAUUUGCCGGCUUUUUCUUCAUGCGCAGCUUCUUGGGAGAAAGCAGCCCGCACCGACUUGGUGAGCAGCGAGGCCGAGGCCCAGCCGUCCAAGGCGGUUCCGAAGGCGAAGGCCAAACCUGGCAAGGAUCGUUUGAGCAGCGAGUUGGCUGGGCUGGCGGCACUUUAUGGUGGCGACGGCGACGACGACGAGGAGGACGAGACCGACGAGGAGUCGCAGACGGGGGCCGGGUUGCGUUUCCUGGCGCCAGGGCAGAGCACUGCCAAGGGGAAGAAGAAGAAGGAAAAGAAAGGCGAGAAGGAGGACGAGCCGGACCUCCAACGGCUUCUUCUGAAAACUUUGGCCGAGGGCGGCGACACCGACAAGGUGAUGCAGCUGAUGAUGGUGAGCAUGCUCGUGGACAAGGAGGCCAACAAAAAGAAGAAGCAAAAGGCUCGAUCUUCUCAGGAGCUCCUUGGUUCGUCCUUCUCCGAAGGCUCGGACUCAGACGACCUUUCCGCAGGCAAGGGGAUGAAAGCCGUAGUGACCUUGCAGAACCUGCAUCGUCAGAUCCAUCGCAAGCCUCAGCGAGUGUGCCAGCUUUUCGAGAAGGAGGUCAUCGAGGAGCUGGGAAUCGUGGGAGGCCAGGCAUGGACUUUGAAGGACUAUGUUCGCAAGCAGAAUUGGGGCCGCUACAAAGGGCUUCAGAGAUGUGCGAUCAUGGACGUUGCCGCCUACGAGUUGAUCAGGGCGGGGAAGCACGAGAUUGCGGCGGCGCAGCUCGUGCAGAACCUCAAGGCCAAGGUUCAGGCGGUGCUCCAGAACGGCGACUGGAGCACGGCCUGGCUUUUGACGGGUCUUCCGGACCCGUUGACUCGCAAGGAGUGGGCCGGCUCGAAGCAGGAGAUGGCUGUGGUGACGGGGUACAUCGAAGCCUUGGCGAAGCUCAAGAAGAAGGUGUCCCAGAACGGUGCGGCGGCCGACGGCGAGGACGAGGAUGCGCAUCCUGCUCUUUUCAGUGGUGAUGAUAAUUCACGUUUUCUUCGUUAUGUGCAGUGGUUUGAAGGCGUCCAAGGUUGGGAGAUUUUGACGGGGGAGGGCGAGGCGCAACUUUGGUGGGCUAAGUCAUUCGUCAACACGUUCGUGGCUUGGUCCAACUUCGUGGUGCUUGGCAACCCGCGGCUGGAGGGUGGGGCAUGCGAGCCGCGAGUAGGCUAUCGCAGCAUGCUUGAUGCUCGGCUCUUUUGUGAUAGGCUGCUUGGCGAGGCUGGAACUUCGGCUACCACAGCGUUGCCUGUUGUGGCUGCUCGCGUGGCCGUGCCAGAGGAGGCGGGAACUGUAGACCCUUUGGUCUGGCUUCCCGAAGGGCAGGCGGCAGUGCUGGCCAAUUUGCCGGAGCUUAGGCUCCCUGAGGACCAGUGGGAUGAAGUAGCCGUCGCCUGCCAUCAGGUGGCAGAGAUGGAGGAAAAGAACGUGGCGGCUAAACUUUUGGCGACUGGCAUGGCAGUGCUUGUCCCAGAGAGUGAGUUACCACGUCGCGGGGAUGGGAGGUUGUUGACAGGCGGAUUGUUCGGGGUGUCCAAGAACUCGACUGAGGACCGUCUCAUUUAUGAUCGGCGACCUGAAAACUCUACGAUGCCGAGGUUGGAUUGGGCUUCACUGCCAAGCGGGGCAUGCUACACACGCAUGCUGCUCCAGCCGAACGAGUACUUGAGAGGGUCGGGGGAUGAUCUUCGCAAUUACUAUUAUGCCUUGAAGCUCCCGGAAAACUGGAUCAAGUAUAACUCUGUUGGCAGGCGUGUUGACAAGUCUUUGGUGGCAACCUACGGUGGUGAUCCCAGCAUACCUUAUCGGCUUUGUUUCAGGGUCUUGGGCAUGGGCGACACCAACGGCUGCGCGAUUGCUCAGGCUACGCAUGAGGCCGUCCUGAAGUCCGCGGGCCUCCUGGCUCCCGAGGUGACCCUCAAGUACGGGGAUCCGGUUCCGAAGAGUGACUUGUGGGAGGGUGUGUAUUUAGAUGAUCUCUUGAUUACCCUCCGCAUGAAGGUUCAGGAGGCCGUGCCUUUGGAUGGGACUUUUGUUCCACCGCCGCCGCAGGAGGGCGACCCAGAUGUUCAGCAAGUUCGCAACGCGGAGGAGGCUUAUGAUAAGGCGGGGCUCCAGCGCGCAAUCCACAAGUCCUUUCGCAUGCUGUGCCAGUUCCGGGCCUGGGGCGCGGAGGUCGAUGGCGUGACAGGCAAGGUCGGGGCUCCACUGCAAGUGCGACGUGAAGUUUGGAAGCUGAUUGCAUUGGUUGUUCGGCUAGGUUGGGCUACCAAGAACGUGCUCGAGAAGAUCAACGGGUUCAUCUGCUUCAUUUUUCAGUACAGGAGGGAGAUGUUCAGUUUGCAGCACCACAUCUAUAAGUAUGUAGCCGAUUUGCCGCAGGACCGAUGGUGUCGACUACCAGGCCACAUCCGCGACGAGCUCAGGAGUGUGGCUUUGCACCUUCCGUGGGCGACCUGGAACAUGCGGAGAAGCCUCAGUUGUUCACUCUUAGCCACGGACGCCACACCGACUUCAGGUGGGGCUGUUCGCGCCAACGUCACUCCGAGGUUGGCUCAGGAGUUGUGGGUCCGCUCGGAGAUUCGGGGAGAGGCUAUUCGUUUAGACCGGAGUGAGGUUUCCUAUGCUCUGGAGCCGGAGCCGUCGGAGGCUUCACGCUUUGUGAGCUCGCUGGCGGAAUGCUUGGAUUGGCGAGUGACUGCCCGGUACUCUUUUCGCAGCUCCUCCCACAUCAACUUGCAGGAACUGCGAGCUCUACGGCGGGAGAUUGUGAUGCUGGCUUCGAAUUUCGAGGCGGGGGGCCAGGUUCAGCUCGCUUUCAAUGAUUCCCGAGUUGCUAUCGGGGCGGUGGCCAAGGGCCGUUCAUCGUCGUACAAAGUCAAUGGAUUGCUUAGAGCUCAGCUGCCCUUCUUGGUGAUGGGAAAUCUUGCCUUAGCUUUGCUUUGGAUCGAAACUGAGAGCAACCUCGCAGACCACCCGUCGCGAUUCCGCGAGCUGCCGGCGCCGAAGUCACCUCAGGCUUGGAUGGAGAAGUAUGGGGUUUCUGGGCGGAAGCUUUUAGUUGGCAUCGAGGUGUUUGCGGGCAGUCGCAGAAUCACGAUGGCACACAAAGAGGCGGGCAUUGAGAUGUUCGAGCCGGUGAACUUGUGCGUGGAUGCUCUUGGUGCUCAGGCGUGGGUGGAACAGUUGAUCCGGGGCGGGGUCCUCAACUUCAUCUGGUUGGCUCCUCCUCGCCGAAGCUUUUCUCGUUUGCGCACCGAUGGCGCAGGGCACCUUCUUCGACCUCCUGGAGAUCCAGAGGGAGAUACGCGGGUGCCUGAGGUGAGGAGAGAAAACUACAUGUGGGAACUUGCCCUCUACCUGGCGGGCUUGAUGUAUGAGGCCGGGGGCUUCUUUAUCAUCGAGCACCCUCGCAGCAGCCGGGCUUGGGAGCUCAGAGUGACUGAGAUGUUCGUUGGUCGUGGAGUGUCGUGCAAGCAUAAAGUUGAGUGGAGUGCAUUCUCUGAUGUUGGCAAUCAAAGCAUCUCUCUGAAGCCUGCCACCCUCUUCAGCAAUUGCCCUUGGGUGAGCGAUGUUGUGAAACGUUGUCCGGGUGGUCACGAACAUGAGGCUCCAAAGGAGGAUGGGGUGUUUGGGAGUGCCAAGGGUUAUCCGUGGGGCUUUUGCCGAGCCUUAGCUCAUGCCGGAGGGGCGUGGGCGACGGGCUCCGCGGCUUAG